AGAUGUCUCAAAAUUCAAGUCACGAACAGACAGAGGUGAAUAAUGCAGAAUGUUUAGAAGUCAUACGGGAAGAGCAAUGUUCUCUAAAAGUUUCUUCUUUUAAUAUUGAUGCUACAUCAAAAAUAAUAACAAAAAAUAACACUUAUAAGGAUCCAUGUGGCGACUGCACAUAUAAAGAAACUUUAAAUAGUUUAAAUGGGAAAAUCAAUACAGAAAACUUGGAAAAGCUGAUAGAUCAAAAAGAACAACAGUUACGUGCCGAAUUUCAACGACAUUUGAAAAAAGAAAUGAAUUCUUUAAAAGAAAAAUUUGAUUACAUAUUACAGAAUGAACAAAUUCGUUCAUCGUAUAUGCUACGAGAAGCAUAUAGAGAAAGACAAGAAAAAAUAAAAGCGCUACAGACCCAACUGGAAUGCAAAAAUUUUGCUGGUUUAAUGUUCGUGAUGUGUUCCGAACGCAGGAAAAGUAAACUUGAGAAAUUGAGUCUUAUUGAAGAAUAUACAAACUACAUUCGUGCAUUACAAGAGAUACUGAAAGAAGGCCAAUCUCUGAUCCUGAAUCUGUCUAGAGGAUACAAGACUGCCGCGAGGGUUGACCACGAAUGGCGGGAAAAGAUGAAGAAAAUAGUCAAUGAGUUUCAAUCCUACGUUUAUCACUAUGGAGGUAAAACGCCGGAAUCGAACCAGUACUUCUUUGACCUGCCACAUCUACUGGAGACUAAAACACCAGUGAUAGACAAUUCUGAUGAAGACCCUUGUACUUAUGAAGAUGAAGAUCAAUCAAAUAACACGGAUAAAGUAAUUGAACCACAUGACAACAAAACAUGGUGGGGACGAUUGGACGAUGAUUGUCGACCAUUUGUCAUGUUUGGGGACAUGGCUGAUUUUCAGCCACCGCGGAGACGAGAGGUACUCAGAGCUGUGAAAGCUACCAAGACUGCCCCUAAAAAGUGGAAGGAAUACGCCUUCAACGAUAUGUACGUCAUGGCAUCAUGCCCAAAUGCUGAUGUAAUAAAAGACGAUUAUGUGAAAAGGCUCUCAGAGGCUGGCAAGUGGGAGUGUCAAGCUGUGCAAACUCAGGAACGAGUAUCGAACACGUCUAUUACGACACGCCGAAUGACUAGUGUUGAUAUUCGUGGUAACAUGGGGUCCAUAUUAAAAAUUAUUACAUCCAACGUGACCGAGCCUGUGACGAAAGCGACACUACUGGGCGCCAGAGACUCUAUGGAGAUUGCCUCUACUACUAAACUGACAUCCAUGAUUGAAAGCUGUGAUAACGAGCCAUCUGAGGAGGUGGCGAAAACAGAUCCAGAACUUAAAAAGGUGAACUCAACCGACGAAGAGGAAGAAGACGAAUCACUGUCAGCUCUUGGGAGUAUACACAACGACAGUUUACAAGUUAUAGGAAGUCACGUGCCAGAUCGCGAUCACAAAAUUAACUAUGAAAAGGUAUGUCCAAUGGAAAAAUGUCAGCGCAUGCAAGUAGACUCAUUCAUUAGGACUCUGCCGCCAUACAUGAGGGCUAACCCCUUCACAUACUUUGAGCAGACCUAUGACGAUUAUGAAGUUUGCACACCAGAACAACUUGAAAUUCUAAGACAACGAAUAUCUGAAAAGAAAACAAAAGAGAAAGAAGUAUCCAUCUUGGAUGAGUAUCCACUAGCUGAAUGGACACCCAGUGUGGAGGGAGUGGCAAUUCAGACUUCUAAUAUUUCGAUGUCUCUCCCACCAUGCACUUGCAGGACACCUAGCCCUACUCCUGCAUCAAGCACAUCUGCAAUAUUUAGAUUGGAAAACUUAAUUUCAGUGAAGCAGGAAUUGGAUAACAUCAAAAAAGAAUGCUUCUACGAUAGUGGAAUUGAGUUCAAUAGAUUUCAAGUAAUUGGUCAAGGAAAUAAUACUGUAACAACUAAAACGAAAGAAGACUUUAGCAAAUCCAGACUUCAAUCAAUUAAAAAAAUUUUAAAGAAACAUCCAAGCUUAUGCGACAUUUUUCAAGCCAACACACUAUGCUAA